CCGCAGCCAUACUGCCUCUCUUUCCCAAAGACCAACCAAAAAAAAUCCAUUAAAAAAAAAAUAAAACCAAAAAAGUAAUUAAAAAAAAAUUUUAGCAGCGCACGUUAGCAAGAUCCGAUGCGUCCUACGUCGCCUGUGACAGCCAUCCCAAACACGCACACUCUCUCUCCCCCACCUUAUCCUACGCACCCCUCCCAUUCUGUUCCUUUCGUUUUCAGGCAGAGGAGUCCAUUAGGGUUAGGUCUUCUUCUUCUUCUCAUUCUUAUUACAUCACAAUUACUUCUUUUCUUCUUCUUCUCCAUGCUCUUCGAAGAGGAGCUAGGUUUUUUUAAUAUUACAGUAAUAGCCACAGAAACACAUGGAACACAGGAGACAAUCCAAGGACUCGCAUUCCUACUCGAAUCUCUUCAAUCUUGAGUCUUUGGUGAACUUUCAACUUCCACAAGAGGAUGAUGAUUUUGAUUAUUAUGGGAAUAGUAGUCAGGAUGAGAGCAGAGGUAGCCAAGGUGGAGUGAAUUUGAAACACGGUAACGGGGUUAUGCGUGAAAGAGAAUUGGGUUUGUUGAAGAAAAGGAGGCAGGGUGAAAAUAGUGAGGACGAGGAGGAUAGUUAUUACGGGACACGCAUUACAGAGGAGAGAUAUCGAUCAAUGCUUGGAGAACACAUUCAGAAGUACAAGAGGAGGUUCAAGGAUUCCUCAGCAAGUCCUGCAUCAACCAGGAUGGGAAUCUCUGUUCCAAGGAGUAAUAUGGGUUUAAAAGCUAGGAAACUAGGGAAUGAGCAUCGAGGAGCACUACAUGAAGUUGAAUCCACGUCCGACUGGCUCAAUGAUAUUAAUCCUCAAAAACAAGGGAACUAUCAUGAAGCAGAUUUUUCACCGCUAAAUGGCACUGAAAGAACAACCUAUGAACCUGCUUUUGUGGAUAUUGGAGAUGGUAUCACGUAUAAGAUUCCUCCAACUUAUGAUAAGGUGGCGGCAUCACUGAACUUGCCAAGCUUUCCAGAUAUUCAGGUGGAGGAAUUUUUUUUAAAGGGUACAUUGGAUCUGGGGUCCUUGGCAUCAAUGAUGACAAAUAAUAAUAAGUUUGGGCCUAGAAGCCAGGCAGGAAUGGGGGAGCCUCAGCCCCAGUAUGAAUCACUUCAUGCAAGAUUAAAGGCCUUGUCAGCUUCUAAAUCGCCCCAAAAGUUCAACCUCAAAGUUUCUGAUAUGAAUUCCUCCAUUCCAGAGGGGGCAGCUGGAAACAUAAAGCGAUCUAUUUUGUCCGAGGGUGGCGUUUUGCAGGUUUACUAUGUGAAGGUUUUGGAGAAAGGAGACUCAUAUGAGAUCAUUGAACGGGCUCUGCCCAAGAAGCCCAAGGUAAAGAAAGACCCUGCUGUGAUUGAAAGGGAGGAAAUGGAGAAGAUAGGGAAAGUGUGGGCAAACAUUGUAAAGAAAGACCUACCAAAGCAUCACAGGAUUUUUACAGCUUUUCACCGAAAGCAACUAAUUGAUGCCAAGAGGUUCGUAGAGAGCUGUCAAAAAGAGGUGAAAAUGAAGAUGGGCAGAUCGCAUAAACUGAUGAAGGGUGCUGCGAUUCGCACUAGGAAAUUAGCUCGAGACAUGCUGCUGUAUUGGAAGCGAGUAGAUAAAGAGAUGGCAGAAGUAAGGAAAAGAGAGGAGAGAGAAGCUGCUGAAGCUCUGAGGCGCGAACAAGAGCUACGAGAAGCAAAGAGACAACAGCAAAGGCUCAAUUUUCUUAUACAACAAACAGAACUCUACAGUCAUUUUAUGCAAAACAAGUCAAAUGCACAGCCCUCUGAAGUUUUGCCUGUGGGAGAUGAAAAUCUAAAUGACGAAGAAGUAGUUCUGAGCUCUUCAGAUGCUGUACCUGAUGAGGAAGUAGAUCCUGAGGAGGCUGAAUUGAAGAAGGAAGCCUUGAGAGCUGCUCAAGAUGCAGUUUCUAAGCAGAAAAAGUUAACAAGUGCAUUUGAUAAUGAAUGUUUGAGACUGCGACAGGCUUCUGAAUCUGAGACUUAUCCACCUGAGGUUGCAGGAGCUAGUAACAUAGAUUUACAUAACCCCACUACAAUGCCUGUAACAUCAACAGUUCAGACACCGCAGAUGUUUAAAGGUUCCCUUAAAGAAUAUCAGCUAAAAGGCCUUCAGUGGCUAGUUAAUUGUUAUGAGCAGGGUUUAAAUGGCAUACUUGCUGAUGAGAUGGGCCUUGGAAAGACCAUCCAGGCCAUGGCAUUUUUGGCUCAUUUGGCAGAGGAAAAAAAUAUAUGGGGCCCUUUUUUGGUUGUUGCUCCAGCUUCUGUAUUGAAUAACUGGAAUGAUGAAAUUAAUCGUUUCUGCCCUGACUUGAAAACUCUUCCAUAUUGGGGUGGGCUUCAAGAUCGAACUGUACUUAGGAAAAAGAUCAAACCCAAGGACCUGUACCGCAGGGAAGCUGGAUUUCACAUUCUCAUUACCAGCUACCAGCUGUUAGUGUCUGAUGAGAAGUACUUUCGGCGUGUGAAAUGGCAAUACAUGGUGUUAGAUGAAGCCCAGGCAAUCAAAAGUUCGAACAGUAUAAGAUGGAAGACACUGCUUAGCUUCAAUUGUCGGAACCGAUUGCUGCUGACUGGUACACCUAUCCAGAAUAAUAUGGCAGAGUUGUGGGCCCUUUUGCAUUUUAUUAUGCCAACCUUAUUUGACAGCCACGAACAAUUUAAUGAGUGGUUUUCAAAAGGAAUCGAGAACCAUGCAGAGCACGGGGGUACUUUGAAUGAGCACCAGCUUAACAGAUUGCAUUCAAUUCUAAAGCCUUUUAUGCUGCGAAGAGUUAAAACAGAUGUAAUUUCUGAGCUGACCAGGAAAACUGAGGUUACAGUGCAUUGCAAGUUGAGUUCUCGCCAGCAAGCUUUUUAUCAGGCUAUUAAGAACAAGAUAUCUCUUGCCGAGUUGUUUGAGGGCAAUCGUGGGCAUCUUAAUGAGAAGAAAAUACUAAAUUUAAUGAAUAUUGUCAUUCAGCUGAGAAAGGUGUGUAAUCAUCCAGAGUUGUUUGAAAGGAAUGAGGGAAGAACAUACCUCCACUUUGGGGAGAUCCCAAAUUCUCUUCUGCCCCCUCCCUUUGGGGAGUUGGAGGACGUGCACUAUGCAGGAGGUCACAAUCCUAUAACAUACAAGAUACCGAAACUAGUUCAUGAAGAAAUUACCCAUAGUUCGGAAACUCUUUUCACAGCAGUUGGGCGUGGUGUCUGCAGAGAAUCUUUUCACAGACUCUUCAAUAUAUACUCCCCCGAAAAUGUCUAUCGAUCUAUAUUCCUGCGAGAGGAUAAUUCAGAUGGAUUAUCUUUUGAAAGAAGAACUUUUGGUUUUACACGUUUGAUGGAUCUGUCCCCGUCUGAGGUUACAUUUUUGGCUACUAGCUCUUUUAUGGAGCGACUACUGUUUUCUGUAAUGAGAUGGGACCAGCACUUCUUGGAUGGACUCAUAGAAUCACUUAUGGAAACCAUGGAUGAUGACCCCGAAUGCAGUUACCUUGAGAGGGGGAAAGUGAGAGCAGUUGCGCGGAUGUUACUGAUGCCAUCAAGAUCUAAUACAAACUUACUGCGAAGUAAAUAUGCAACGGGGCCUGGAGAUGCUCCAUUUGAGGCUUUAGUUGUCCCUCAUGAGGACAGGUUUCUAUCCAAUAGUAGGCCUCUUCAUUCAGCAUACACAUAUAUCCCGAGAGUUAGAGCUCCACCAGUUGGUGCUCACUGCUCUGAUAGAAACUUUGCCUACAAAAUGUCUGAAGAACUACAUGACCCCUGGAUAAAGAGGAUGUUUAUUGGGUUUGCACGCACAUCUGACUGUAAUGGACCCAGAAAGCCAGUUGGUCCUCCUCAUCAUUUGAUUCAAGAGAUUGAUUCUGAACUACCAGUUUCACAACCUGCUCUUCAGUUGACAUACAAGAUUUUGGGAUCUUCUCCACCAACGAGAAGCUUUGACCCGGCAAAGUUGCUCACUGACUCUGGGAAGCUUCAAACACUUGAUAUAUUGUUGAAACGAUUGCGGGCAGACAAUCACCGUGUUCUCUUGUUUGCCCAAAUGACAAAGAUGCUGAAUAUUCUUGAGGACUACAUGAACUAUAGGAAAUAUAGAUACCUUAGACUCGAUGGAUCCUCCACUAUAACUGAUCGUCGAGAUAUGGUCAGAGAUUUCCAGCAUCGGAAUGAUAUUUUUGUAUUCUUGUUGAGCACAAGAGCUGGUGGACUUGGCAUUAACUUGACAGCGGCUGACACUGUCAUAUUUUAUGAAAGUGAUUGGAAUCCAACUUUGGAUUUACAGGCAAUGGAUAGAGCUCAUCGGUUGGGUCAAACAAAAGAUGUUACUGUUUACCGACUUAUUUGUAAAGAGACAGUUGAAGAGAAGAUUCUUCAAAGAGCAAGUCAGAAGAAUACUGUGCAGCAACUUGUUAUGACGGGUGGUCAUGUUCAGGGUGAUCUAUUGGCCCCUGAGGAUGUUGUAUCCUUACUUCUGGAUGAUGCCCAGCUGGAGCAGAAAUUGAGAGAAAUUCCAUUACAGGUUAAGGAUAGACAAAAGAAAAAACAAUCAACGAAGGGUAUUCGGGUAGAUGCAGAAGGUGACGCAUCUUUGGAAGACCUAACAAAUGCUGGAUCUCAGGGUACAGGACCUGAGCCCUCUCCAGAUCCAGAGAAAGCAAAAUCCAGUAACAAAAAGAGAAGGGCUGCUUCUGACAAACAAGCUCCAUCAAAGCAAAGGAAUCCUCAAAAUGUGACUUCACCAAUGGACUACGAGUUAGAUGACCCCCUUCAAAAUUCUGAUCCACAAGCACAGAAGCCCAAAAGGCCGAAGAGACCAACGAAGAGUGUAAAUGAAAAUCUUCAACCAGCAUUUACCGGCACACCCACGGUAGUUUCAGAACAGACCCAUUAUCUACCUGUGAAUGAGUUAGGAUCUGGUGGUUUCAGAGCAGGGCAAGAUAUCUCACAGCAUACCAACUCGUUCACUUGAUAGUUCAAUGAAAUAUAGAAGACUUGCAUUGAUCAAUCAAGCUGUGGGUACAUCCAAUGGGUGAUUACAAUGUAGCUUUUUUUAACCAGCAAUGAGGGUUUUUUUUCCUGGCCUAUGGCUGCUGCGAGAUGAAAGAAGCAACCGGCAAAGGCAGGUGGAGCCAGAGGAUUGUAUAUACUAUUUGUACGGAUUAGGUUGUAGAUUACUGGCUAUAUACAUAAGAGGGUUGGGGCAUGUAUAGAUGGGUUCUCUCUCUCUCUAAUUAUUUUGGCUGCACAAGCUAUAUAGUCUUGAUGUUGUAGUCAGCCCCAUUUUGAAAUGUUGGUUUAGUGACAGAAAUCUCAUAGCCUUCUCUCUC